CCUGUCUAUAAAGCAUCAGGAAAGGAACCAAGAAUGUGAGUUUGUCUGCAGCAUAUACCAGUUACCAGUCAAUUUUUAAUCACUAAUUUAGAGGUUUUAAAAUUACUUAAAAUUUCAAAUAUAUAUUUAAGUACGCGUUUUUUUUAAAUCAUUAUCUUGCGAUUCGACGAAGAUACAAUGAAACCUUUCAUUCUUUUAUUAAUUAUACUUGUGGCCAAUAUCGAAGCCACAACAAGAAGUAGGAACUACUUAAAGUACCGUGCAAGGCAACUACCCUUUCCGAAGCAGCAAGAAGGAAAUACGUGGGAUGAUGCAGAUGUCACGGAAGUAGACGAACAAAAUGAGUUUCCGUCUUUAAACAAGCAAACAGACAAAAUAAACCUAAAAAAUGAAAUGGGAGCAGUAUCCAAUAGCUCGCCAAAUCAGCCUCCAACGAACGUAGUUCGACAAUUCUAUCCUGGAUUUCCAGAAAAUAAUAUGAGCGUUAUUUUGAGACCUAAUCAACCUGAUGAGCUUUAUCAAUUUGGACAAACUCAAGAACCGGACAUGCCAUCGGAAGCUGAUCGACCAGAAGAGCAAGGACAAACCGGACAACAGAUUCCUGCACCUGGAUGUUUAGCUGCUAGGGGACAAUUUCCGAGUAUGAAUAGCUGUUCCAAUUAUUUAAACUGUUGGGAUGAUGUUGUAAUUGAGCAGCCAUGUCCCAAUAACUUGCUGUUCAAUGAUUUUACUGGUUUAUGCGACUUCGAACAAAAUGUUAAUUGUGGUGACCGUCCUGGGCCUACUCCAAAACCAUCUUUACAACCGAAUACUCGAAGAUGUCCAGAUCCUAAUGGACGUUAUAGGAGUCAAACAAACUGUUCGGAAUUCUAUAUAUGUCUGGCAGGGAGCCCAAUCAAAUUCAGCUGUCCACGAGGAUUGGUCUACAAUGAUGAUGUGAGUGUUUGCGACUAUCCAUACAAUGUUGACUGUCAAGGUGCAGCAACACCUGAGCCAGUUUUAUUACAACCAACUGGAAAUCCGAAUGGUUCAGAAAGUUUUUCGGAUGGAAAUUCAUUAAGUACUUCAUUUCCCAAUGAGUUUAGCAGUUCAUCCUCAAAUGGAUUAAUGCCAGUCAAUUCACGCCCUAAUGGAUUCCAAUCAACAGAACCUUCUCGACAACCACCUCCAGUGACUUUUCCACCUGGACCAUAUCCUCAAAAUCAGUGGGGAUUAAGAUCAGAAAUAAGAAACCAACGGUCUACGGUUCUACUACCCGAACGGAAUGAUCAACAGCGCGAGAAAAAAAUCGUAUCUGGAGAUGCUACUAAGCUUUUCCAAGAAGUUCCUGCAGAGACAUCGGUGGUCCAUGAUCAGAAGGGAACUGCACAUGUUAUUCCAACUGAAUGGACAAAAUUUCCCUGUGAAAAUGAAAAAAUUUUACGGCUAGAUGAAGCAUGUACGAAUGUUGUUGUUUGCAAAAAUGGCAGACCACAAUUUAUAGCAUGUGAUGUAGGUUUUGCGUAUGAUCGAAUAUCUGAGUCAUGUGAAAAUUAUACUACUGCAAAGUGUAAUUAAUUUUCUUAAACGUAAAUAUAAAUCUUCUAUACUAAUAAAAAAGAAGACGUUUGUUUUCAUGACGAGUAAACACAAAAACUACACGGAAAGAAAUUUAUGGUAACAAUUACAGUGCUCCCCCUCCCCCCCCUCCAAGAUAUCCCUCUGUAAAAUAUCAUUUUGCCUCAAUUCAGUUUCCCCACUACACACAGUGGAACUAACUUGCGCAUGCGCUUGAGCCGCUACUAUACUAUAAGUCAGCUGUUUACAUACACAUAGAUAUACUUAUAGAUAGUAAGACUGCGCAUGCUUCUAUUUUUAAUAGUUCCACUUUUUAAGAGUGGAAGGGGUACCUCUCUAAGAUAUUUUUCUUGGAAUCAGAGCCCCGAGUCUGAUAUCUUAGGGGGGAGCACUGUAUAAUAUACUAUAGGGAUGGUUCCCAUAACGCAUGGUAACUGGUUUUUUAAACAUGCCAAUUAUAGAAACGGCACCCAUACAUAUUAUGAAAAUCAUUCCUGUAAUUAUGGGUAUAAUUCCUACAUGAUAUCGGAAUUCCGGAUAUAUAUGUUAUCACAUCUUGUUUCUAAAUUUGUAAUGCAUUCGCGCGAUAAUAAUCAAAUUAAAAGUUCAAUAUUUCAAUUUUUUUUUUUUUUUUUCAAAAAUAUUUUUUCCGGGCGGAUUUUGAUAUCACCCAUAUGCCAUCAGAUUUACGUCAUGGUUACGUCAUAAUCUUAGAUAAAAAAAGUGCGAAAUACUGAGUCACACCUAACUCAUUCGUGACUCAUAUCUUACGUAAAUGAUGACAUGGCCUAACGUCAUUCUGACAUCAAAUUUACAUCAAUGUCGUUACUGGGAAUAGUUCUUAUGGAAUUAUGGUAAUCGUUACUAUGUCACUAUGGUGAUUGUUCCUGUAAUAGUAUGGUAAUCACUCCCAUAAUAUUAUGGUAAGUAUUACCAUAAAAUUAUAGUAACCAUUACUAUAAUAUUGUAGUAAUCAUUACAGUAAUGUAUGGUAACCAUUACCAUAAUCUUCCGGUAAUAAUUUCCAUACACUAUGGGAACUAUUACUAUAAUAUUUGGUAACAUUUACCAUAGUAUCAUGGCAACGAUUGCCAUAUUAUGUAAAUGGUUACCAUAAUAUGGAAAUGGUUACCAUAAUAUAUAGGAUGUAUUCCCAUAUGCACUUAGGAACCGUUACAAUGUUAUCAUUACCAUAACUGUUAUCAUUACCAUAAUUUUGUCACAUGCGAUAUGGGAACUGUUACCAUAAUGAGAGGAAUUGUUUCCAAAGUUAUGGAAACUUUUCCCAGAAAGUAUGGGCCUAUAUCCCAUAUUCCAAGUAAUUAUUACUAUAACGGAAUGGAAUAUUUCAUAAAGGUACUAGGAAUAGCUACUAUAAAUGUCUCUCUGUGUACUUAACAUACAGACGUGAAACGUACACUAUAAGAUUCAGCGAAUUUCAGUGAAAGUUUUAGUGUGUAUUUCAUUUUCGAAUGCUUAUUUGUAAUCUUUUUUUUUAAGUUUAUAGAAUAAUAAAAAUUACAUUCGAUUUUA